CAGGAAGUCCGUCGAGCGGCUCGCUUAGAGGCCAGGAGGCAUCGUUGGCCACAUGUGUUUUACGAACUGCUUUCUUGUGAAAAAGGAUUGUCGAAAAUGCGCCGUGUUUACGUAAUACACGAGAGCGCAACGCUACGACAAUGUUGCUAGACAUUACGAAUCAAAGAAGAAAGAAUCUACGGCGACGAUACGACGAAUGAGAAGAAACAUUACACGGUGUACAAGUAUAACCAUAAAAGAAGAUAAAUUCGUUUCGAAGAUAAAACGAGUCUCCCCGGUAUUCUACCACUUUUGCUCUGCUCGUUAUCGUCGUCUCUCGGCACAUACGGUACGUACUCGUUUAAUUCGGGAAGGUGUAUUUUCGUUCGUUCAGAGGAAAGUACACGAAGUCAGAAAGAUCGUUUAUCGUCAUUGAGCAAGCAGAACGAGACGAGCAAGAUACGAAAGACCUUACGAAUACGAAAUCUCUCUCUCUCUCUCCCUCUCCCUCUCCCUCUCUUUUUCUUUGCUUUUCCUUUAUCAUCCCUCAUUUGAAAAAGGACGAGUCAGCGGUGUGCAUUUCGUAGAGAAAAAGAAACAAGCAUCUCCUUGAAUAGAAAAAAAGAAUAUUAUUUGAGACAUAGGAGAAUUUUAAAAGGCGCACGUGGUGAAAGGUUAGAGUAGGAAGAAGAAGAAGGAAUAAGAGAGAGAGAGAAGGAGAGAGGGAGGGAGGGAGGGAGGGAUUCUCGAAUCGUCUCUCGCGUGGCACCGUACCGGCGCUGGCAGUACCCAUUUCGUCCGUAGUACUUUCGCCACGACACGGCAAAAAGUCUAGUAAGAAAGUUCGAGGACGCGCGUGCGCGAGUUCAUACCGGGAAGAAAAGUACGACGCGACAUUACACGAGCAUAACAGCGGAUAUACACCAAGGAAGAGAACGACGGCUGCAACCGCGUGGGGGUGUUGGGUGUGUAUUGUCCCUGCGUGCAACAUUUAACAAUCGACGAAUAGAGCUAAACUGAGAGAGUGGGGGGAAGGCAAGCUAGAGCGCGCGGGUGUUCUCAUCGUUCUUAACGAUAUUUCACACACCGGCCGAAUACCACCAUGCGCUCGAAGCACGGCACGAUGGUAACAUUACUUUAUUAAUGGCCUGAGUGAUCGGAAAUACAUUCGUGGUUAGGAUUCUCACCUCUCCUUUUCUCUUUCCUACCGAACAAGAAGAUAAAUCGACGGGUGAGUCAUUCAUGAAACCGGCGAGUACUUGUGUUAUCUUACAUUUCUUCCCCGUUGGAAAGUAACUAGUGUUGUUUCGAUAAAUUUUAAACGGAAGUGAGAAACUUUGGAAGAAUCGAAAGAAGGAAAAAACCCCGCGUCGCAAGACUGAGAUAGAUAUAGGUAGAGAUAGAGAUAGAGAGAGAGAGAGAGAGAGAGGUACGACUACGAAGUAUAUAGAGGAGGUGGGACCACCCCAUUGCUGCUGCUGCUGCUGCUGCUGCCUCGUGUUUUUGUGUCUCCGCGCGUGCGAUUCAAGAUGGCGGCGAAGGUGGUCAGCAGCGGCGCUCAGGGAAGUACCGAGCGAGAGGAGGGCCCCGGGGUAUCCUAUGCAAGUGUAGUCAAUCCCAAAGCUGCCUCGAACGAAACUACUACCAGCAGGGUAGUAUCCUCGAGCAAAGGAAACAAUAAGGAGAAUAUAGGCGGCCAAUUUGCCGCGCGUCAGGCCAAUACGACCGUUAAAGAACGCAUUGUCUCGCAAAAUCUUCCUGCCAAGGGUAAAUCGUAUCAGAGAACUGGGAGACGAUUUGCGACAGCCACACAACCGCAGCAACAACAACAACUUAGAGUUGAUAAAUGUCAGAAUGAGUUUCAGAUUGGCAUUGAUAUAUCUGAAAAGUCUUCAAUGAAAAAGGAGAUCGUACACGGUCAACCGGAUAUUGUAUCUAAUACAGUGAUAUCGGAACAAGAAAAAUUAAAUAAUGGGGAUAUUGGAAGCGAUGGAGAGUUUCAAACUGUUGCUCCUAAGAGCGCUCGGAGGAAAGAAAAAUUGAGAGAACAACAGAGAGAACACAGGGAACGUCAUAGACAUCGUGAUCACAGAAAUAGAUUGCGUGGUAUUAGCGACGGUAGUAAAGAGAGAACGAUCAAGGAUAGAGAUCGAACCGAUAGGAAUGGGAUCGAACAUAUUCUCAAUAAUAAGGAAGGUAUUAGAGAAAAAGAGACUCGAGAAGAUAACCAAGUCCAAGCGUCUGCUCCAGUGAAGUACGUGGAGGCUCCCUUACCUGCCGUCAAUCCUUGGAAUAAAACGAAACCUCUUCAAUCUUCCGUUCAACAACCCGUCGCUGCUUCUAGCACGAACACUUCGGUCUCUACGGACAAACCAAGCGUAAAGGAGAAGAGAGUAUUGCAACCGCAGCAACAACGCUUACAACAAGGUAUAAUAGAAAAUGGACUUCCUACCACUGCCGAGCCAACGAUCGUUAAAGUCUUAAAAGACAGAAGAAAAGUCAACCAAAGGGCUAGCGAUUUUACGGAUAUCGGAGAUUGGCCAACGUUGGGAGCUCAAGAGAAGAAAACACCCGUGACAACUUCGAAACAAAAUGGUGUUACCGAGCAAAAUAAUGCGAAGGAAAGUAAUGGACAUGCGAUUGAAAGUAAAGGAAAGGAAAACAAGGAUAAUCAAUGUCAGGAUGACAGCGAUGAACACACGGACAGUAGCGAGAAAAGAAAGAAAGUGAACAAACAAAAGUGGGUUCCAUUUGAUAUAGAUAUAACAAAAAAUAGAGGCAAGAGAGAACGCUCGCCAAAAUAUCAACACCAAAGAGAAAAAAAUAACGAAGAUGGAGAAACCUGCCGAGAUAGAGAAUACGAUAGACCAGGAUACAAUUUUAGGGGUGGUCGAGGUGGGCGAAACUUUAGGGGUAGAGGACGCGGUGGGCGUGGUGGCAUGUCUCGUGGUAACUUUAGACAUAGACAUGAUCACGAUUAUUCCAAUUAUACCGCAGAAUAUGCUCAGAUGCAAAAAUUUGGUCCACUCGAUCCUGCGUACAUGAUGCCAUACAUGGGAACCUUUUAUUUUAGCAGUGCUAGUUUCAUUAACAUGGAUACAACGACUCUGAAAGAAUGCAUAAGAAAGCAAAUAGAAUAUUACUUCAGUGAAGAGAACCUAUUACGUGACUUUUUUUUGAGACGCAAAAUGGACGCCCAAGGAUUCUUGCCCAUCACAUUGAUCGCAUCUUUUCAUCGCGUACAAACUUUAACGACUGAUGUGUCUGUGGUGAUCGAGGCUAUAACGGAAUCUGACAAAUUGGAGUUAGUUGAUGGAUUUAAGGUCAGAACAAGGAUCGAUCCAUUAAAGUGGCCCAUCCUGGAUGCAGCUGGGAAUCCCGUUUAUUCCGAUUCGUCCAACGCAUCGGUACCCUCUCGAAACGAAGUAAUUCAUCCUUCAUCCGAGGCUGAAUUUUAUCCAGCUGCGAGACCCUUAUCAUCGAUUCCUGUUCCCCCAAUUCCACGAAUCCUCCAAUCUAAUUAUCAAUUACUAUCGACUAUAGGAAGAAUAAGCGAAUCUGAGAGUAUCUCAUCCUCGAUGGGCGAUAGUUUGAAUCCGGAUGUGCCUGAAUUUAUACCCGUAGACUUGACAAGCAAGCUCGCAUUGAGUAAACAAGUAAGUCAACAACGAGAAAACGGUCUAUCGAGAAAAGAUGAAAUAGUCGAAAUACCAAAUUCCGUUCUUCCUGAACCAUCGAGUAAUGAAUUGUCUCCGCUGUCCAAUGAAUCGUCGAGUAGCAGCGAGUCGAUAAUCUUGAAUGAUAAAACGCACAUAGAGAAUUGUACCCCAGCGAAAGUACAAAUUGACGAUCAGAAACCAUUGGCACCUUCGUCGCCAUCCGAUAACAGUUGGAAAGAGGUAAAAAGGAGAGUGAAACAUUCGCAUAGGGAAAAAUCAGAAGAUAAGGAAAAACCUGGAAUUCAUAAAAACGAGGAACGAGAAGAAUUGGAUUUCCAAUUUGACGAAGAAUUGGAUACACCACCUCCAACUGGACGGCACAAUGCUUUUUCCGAAUGGUCAGAGGACGACGAAGACUAUGAAUUAUCCGAUAGGGACGUUAAUAAGCUUUUAAUAGUUACGCAAAUGACUGUUCCGAAUUCAUCGAGGAUACCUAAACACGAAGGUCAUGAUCGUACUGGUGAUUGGACAACAAGAGUAAAGAUGACACAGGAUCUUGAACAGGCUAUCAAUGAUGGAUUGUAUUAUUACGAAGAGGAUUUGUGGAACAAAGAUGGGCAAAGAUAUGGAUCGUCCUCUUCAAUUAAUAAUUACAAAACCGUAAAUGUCAUCAGCCAAGAGGAUUUUGAGAAAAUGGCCCCGAAACCUCCAAGAAAAACCAAUCCUGAAGUUCCUCCACCUCCACCGUCUGCCGUCGAGGACUUGGACAUUUCGCAACAGUCUCCUCCUGUUCAAGUUCCUAACUCGUCAGAAGGCUCGAGUAAGAGGGAAAGAAAGAAUGAAAAAAAUCGUUGGAACGACAAAGCGAAAAAUAGUAGAAGCGGAAGACGUGCAACUGUUCCAAGAUUCUUUGCAGUAGUUAAGGAUGAACCAUCGGUUGAUCCCCGAACGCCGCGAAAACGAAAGACUCGUCACAGUAAUAAUCCUCCUGUAGAACAUCACGUUGGUUGGAUAAUGGAUGUUCGGGAACACCGUCCACGUACUUAUUCUACAGGAAGCAGCGCUGGAACGAGCCCCAGUGAAAGUUAUCUGGCAAGUAGUUACGGAAGCGCGCCUCAAUCUUUACCGAUAUUCCAGCAUCCCAGUCACGCCUUAUUGAAAGAAAAUGGAUUCACUCAACAAGUCUAUCACAAAUAUCAUUCGCGUUGUUUGAAAGAACGCAAAAGAUUAGGUAUCGGUCAAUCCCAAGAAAUGAACACGCUCUUCCGCUUUUGGUCGUUCUUCUUGCGAGAAAACUUCAAUCGUACGAUGUACGAAGAAUUUCGAAAUUUAGCCAAAGAAGAUGCCUUAGAGGGCUACCGUUACGGACUGGAAUGUUUAUUCAGAUUUUAUAGUUACGGUCUAGAGAGAAAAUUCAGACCCCUAUUGUACAAAGACUUCCAAAUUGAAACUAUAUAUGAUUAUGAAAGUGGACAAUUAUAUGGAUUGGAGAAAUUCUGGGCAUUUUUGAAAUACUACAAAAACUCUGACGAGCUUCACAUUGAUUCACAAUUACAAGAAUAUUUAUCCAAAUUCAAGAGUAUCGAAGACUUUAGGGUCGUAGAGCCCCAGAUUAAUGAAAUGCUCCAAGGAUUCGCCACAAAUGCUCGAGCACAGGCAGCGAAAAGACGUAACAGAAGUCUUUCCGAAAGUGGCAGUGGUAGUGGUACAGAUGGUUCUCCAAUAAGUAGAGUUCGACGGCUCUCGGGUGGUUCCAGUACGGUCACUUUACCAACAUCCAAUUCCGACGGUCCUAACAACCAAAAAACACGCGUAGACACCGUCAAUAUAUCACAUUUUCGUAGUAGGGCGGGUUCUUUCGGUUCCGGAAGAUUGGGACAUCCAAGACGAAAGAACGAUCCCGCUUCGUCAAGUAGUCAGCGUGAUCUCACUAAACAACAACCAAGAAGUAGACAAAAUUCGUGUUCGCUCGCAAAGUCUUACGAGACGUGUAAGGCUCAAGGCACUGCCAGACAUCAAACUAGUAACAAAAACGAACAGAAGUCUUUAACGAGUAAGGCAGAAGGGAGUUUGUCAAUAUAUCAAAAGUGAUUUGCUCGUUCGUAUCACUUACGAACUAUCAUUUUCGUGCGGAAACAUUGAAGAAGAGACAAGAUGAGAAAAAGUCCUAUCGUUUAAGACGGACUCGUGUAAAUUCAUGACCUUAACAAGGAUCAACGAGCGAUCAAGAGAGAGAGAGAGAGAGGGAGAGGGACAAUGGUGUUCUUAAAAGAAAUUGUGCAAGGGAGUAAACGUGAAAAAAGUAUCGUCGUUGAAAGAUCGAUUGUGUCGUCGUUGGGACGAUGACAGUAUGUUUAAGCCUUAAACUGGUAUUUCAAAGCUCCUCGCAGCGAUACAUCCUGUUCUGAGAAUUGUGCGAAUUAUAAGGUACGUCGUUAGUCGUGAAAAUGUUUUAGAAUUUUAUUUAAUUUUUAAGAUGAUAAUUUAACUCAUUUUUCAAUCCUUGCUUAGAGUGCUGUAGCUGUUAUCGCGUGACAAAUUUUUCCUCGAUUCCACUAAUAUUUUAGGGGAACUAAAAAAAAUUUUUGUUAGAGGAACUGUGAGAACGAUUGAAAAAAUCGAUUGGUAAGAAAGCCAAUCAUAACCAUUUCUGUGAAAGAUCCAAAUCCUUAUUUUUUAUUCCUUUGCGUGCAUAAUAAUUAUUUACCUCUGGUAAAUGAGUAGUUAAAAUUUCAUUUUAAAUCGAUCUUUUACGGACGGAUUAGCACGUUAAAAAUUUUAAAAAUUAAAUUUAUUAGUAAGCAGCGAUGAUAAAGAGAAUCAUUUUGAAGCAACAGAAGGAAGAAAAGAAAAGAAUAAGGAAAAUAAUAAAGAAAUAAAAGAAAUCAAUAGAGUUUUUCGCUAGUGCAUGAUCUCGUAUAUAUACGGACAUAUACGAUUUCGUAAGGUCUAAGAUUAUUAAAGGUUCGUGCGGCUUAAGAUUCAAUGAUAAUGUGGCAUAUAUCGAUUAGAUAAUUAAAUAAAUAUCGACGAGACGAUAAUUACAUAAAUAUUUAUCGUCUGUCAUUAAUAAUUUGCGCUGACAAUAUUUCAUGCAAAAUCAAUUAUAUUUGUUAUUUAUUCAUCAAUUGGUUUAAUGAUUAACACAAUUCAAGUUCUGAUUAUAGUAAAAUUAAUGUAUCUCCCCCUAUAUAUUUAUGUUAUUGUAUCGUGUUACCAUAUAACAAUUAAUUAAAACGAUAAGUGGAAUUCUCACAUAAA